CACAAAGCACUAAAAUUUAAAAUUUUGAAAAAAAAAAAGAAACAUAUAUGUAAGCAUGUAUUGUUUAUGCUAGUAUCACUCUUAGCAUUCUAGUCAGUUAAAAAAAAUAUGAGUGACUUGUCUACUAAAGGGAAGGGAGAAGAUGGCAGACAAGGGUGGAAGGAAGUGCUUCAUAAUAUACUUGAUACAAAUGAUCAUGAGAUGUUCCUUACCAAUAUUAGGCACCACAUUAAUCAGGUUGCAGUCGAAAUACCAAAAGUUGAACUUAAAUUUGAACAUUUAUCAGUCGAAGGUGACGUACUUAAUGGAGGUAGAGCUCUGCCCACUUUACUUUCUGCAACUAUAAACUUUUUGGAGGCAAUUCUUAAGAAGGUACGAUUGUCCCCAUCUCAAAAGCAAAAACUCAAGAUCCUCCACCAUGUCAAUGGCAUUAUUAGACCCUCUCGGAUGACAUUACUCUUGGGGCCUCCAAGUUCAGGAAAAACAACAUUUCUUUUAGCUCUUGCAGGAAUGCUUGAUCAAACUGAUUUAAAGGUAACUGGUAAAAUAACUUAUUGUGGCCAUGAGCUAAACGAAUUCGUCCCUAAGAAGACUUGUGCAUACAUUAGUCAAAGUGAUCUUCACCACGGAUUGAUGACAGUAAGAGAGACGUUAGACUUUUCUGGAAAAUGCUUAGGAGUAGGGACUUUAUAUAAGCUUAUGGAAGAACUACUCUUUGAUCCUACGAAUGAUGCAUUGAUGAAAGGUGUGGCUACCAAAAGCCAUGAAGCAUCCCUUGUCACUGAACAUUUGCUCAAGAUUCUUGGCUUGGAUAAUUGUGCUGAUACCAUUGUUGGUGAUAAUAUGAGAAGAGGUAUUUCGGGUGGUGAAAAGAAGCGUCUUACCAUUGGUGAAAUGUUGGCAGGACCAGCAAAAGUAUUGUUAAUGGAUGAAAUAUCAACCGGAUUAGAUAGCUCAACGGCUUUUCGAAUAUGCAAGUAUAUAAGCGAAAUGGUUCAUAUAAUGGACAUGACAGUAGUCAUCUCUUUGUUACAACCUAGUCCUGAAUUAUUUGAACUUUUUGAUGAUGUUAUUCUCCUCUCGGAUGGCCAAAUAGUUUAUCAAGGGCCGCGUCACCAUGUCCUUGAUUUCUUUGAAUAUGUCGGCUUCAAAUGCCCAAAAAGAAAAGGAGUGGCGGAUUUUCUUCAAGAAGUUACCUCAAAAAAAGACCAACAACAAUACUGGUUCAAGGAUCAAACAUACAAAUAUAUUCCAGUUUCCGAAUUUGUAGAGGCUUUCCAAUCUUUCCAUGUUGGGCAAGAGUUAUCAUCGAGUCUUAAGAUACCAUACCAAAGAUCUAAUGCUCACCCUUUAGCCUUGGUAAAAGAAAAGCAUGCCAUCUCAAAUAAAGAACUCAUUAAGGCAUGCUUUUUGAGAGAAUGGUUACUAAUGAAGCGAAAUAUAAUCCUCUACAUCUUUAAAAAUGUCCAAGUUAUGAUUAUGUCUUUGGCUACAAUGAGUGCAUUCUUUAGGACCAAAAUGCACCACGAAACAGUGGCCGAUGGUGAGAAAUAUAUAGGAGCUAUAUUUUUCAGUCUUACAAAUAUUGUGUUGAAUGGAAUGGCAGAAUGUACUUUAACAAUUUUGGGACUUCCGGUGUUUUAUAAACAAAGAGAUCUAUUGUUUUACCCUGCUUGGGCUUAUGGCCUACCUGUUUGGAUCCUUAGUAUCCCUGCAUCCUUCAUCGAAUCCGGAUUAUGGACUAUUCUUACAUAUUAUACCAUUGGUUAUGCUCCGGCUCCCACUAGGUUUUUCUGUCAAUGGCUUGGUUUCUUCUGUAUCCAUCAAAUGGCUAUGUCAAUCUUUAGAUUUCUUAGUGCUUUGGGGAGAACACUAGUUAUUGCUAACACAAUUGGCACGAUUGUAUUGAUAUUUGCUUUCGUCCUUAGUGGUUUUAUCAUUGCAAAAGGGGAUGUUGGUCAAUGGAUAAUAUGGGCUUACUACCUUUCACCUAUGAUGUACGGACAACAAGUUUUAAUCAGUAACGAAUUUCUUGACAACAGAUGGAGUAAUCCUAAUACAGAUCCUAGGAUUAAUGGAACAACCAUUGGUAAUGUCAUUCUUGCAUCAAGAGGCCUUUCGAAUCAUCAAUAUUGGUUUUGGAUAAGUAUCGGAGCAUUGCUUGGGUUUACUCUUAUCAACAACAUUUUAUACAUCCUAUCAUUAACAUUCUUAAAUCCUUUUAGUGGUUCAAAAGCCUUAGCUAAAGAUGCAGAUAAACGCCAAAAGAAAAAUGAUGAGGAACUUCAAAGCACAAAUUUCGUCGUAUCAAGUCAUUCAUCUAGAUGUACCAAUCCUACUAUAGAGACCGCUACCAAAGGAAUGUACUUGCCUUUCCAGCAUCUUUCGUUAACAUUCAACCACAUCAACUAUUACGUUGAUGGACCAACUGAAAUGAAAGGUCGAGGUUAUGAUAAUGAAGGGUAUCGACUGCAACUAUUACAAGAUGUGAGUGGUGCUUUCCGCCCUGGUGUAUUGACCGCGCUAUUGGGUAUCACUGGUGCCGGAAAGACAACACUAUUAGACGUGUUGGCUGGAAAAAAGACUAGCGGAUAUAUUGAAGGUAGCAUCACUGUAUCAGGUUAUCCUAAGAAUCAAGAGACAUUUGCAAGGAUAUGUGGUUAUUGUGAACAAAACGCCAUCCAUUCACCAUGUUUAACUGUUUAUGAAUCUCUUGUAUUCUCUACUUGGCUCCGUCUUUCUUCAAAUAUCGACCUAAAUACACGAAAGAUGUUUAUUGAAGAAGUAAUGAGAUUAGUUGAGCUUCAACCACUAAAGGAUGCUAUUGUUGGUCUUCCAAGGAUAAGUGGGCUUUCAACCGAACAAAGAAAGAGAUUAACCAUUGCGGUAGAGCUAGUUGCGAACCCAUCGAUUGUGUUCAUGGAUGAGCCAACAUCCGGACUUGAUGCUAGAGCUGCUGCUAUUGUCAUGCGUACAAUGAGAAAUGUUGUAAAUAAUGGUAGAACUGUUGUAUGUACAAUUCAUCAGCCGAGCAUAGAUAUAUUUGAGGCUUUUGAUGAGCUUCUAUUGAUGAAGAGAGGAGGGCGUCUAAUAUAUGCUGGACCCCUUGGUGACCACUCCUCAAAGCUUAUUGAAUAUUUUGAGGGCAUUUAUGGGGUUCCGAAAAUAAAAGAUGGUUACAAUCCUGCUACAUGGAUGCUUGACAUUACAAGUCCUCAAUCAGAGUCUCAAAUGGGUUUGGAUUUUGCAGAUAUUUAUCUCAACUCUCACCUUUAUCAGAGAAAUCAAGAAAUAAUCAGAGAGCUAAAUAAUCCUUCGCCGAAUGAUGAGGAUCUUCAAUUCCCAACCAAAUACUCGCAGCCAUUCAGUGUUCAACUAAAAGCAUGUUUUUGGAAACAAUACAAAUCUUAUUGGAAGAAUCCACCUUACAAUGCUGUUCGAUUCUUCACCACAACACUAAUUGGUGCUCUACUUGGCGUUAUAUUCUGGAACAAGGGAAGUAAAUUAGCCAAACAACAAGAUUUGAUGAACUUGUUUGGGAUAAUGUUCUCUACAAUACUUUUCGGAGGAACUAGCGCUUUGAAUGUUCAAGCCGUGGUUGCGAGUGAGAGAGCCGUGUUUUACCGUGAGAAAGCAGCUAGAAUGUACUCAGCUUUACCUUUCACAUUGGCUCAACUCGCUAUAGAGGCAAUCUACAUUGCCAUUGUGAAUUUUGUGUAUUGUCUACUUCUUUACUCUAUGAUCGGAUUUGAGUGGACGAUUGGGAAAUUCUUCUACUUCUACUACUUCGUUUUCAUGUGCUUUAUGUACUGUUUCGGGUGA